CCUGUUUCAGCACACAAGCUGCAUAACGUCCGCACACUGAAUCCCAUCUGACUGCAUUAGAUGCCUACCAGGCUUCCAUAAUGUCUGCCUUUCCAUCUCCAGCGACAAAGAGGCGGUUCAUUCCUUUCCUCGAUCGCGUUACAUGUUUUGUUUUAUUAAUCUGAGGACCUUAUUUCAUUGCACUUGUUUCUCGCAAUAGUCCUGUACGGCAGGAACACUCACUGUCCUCCGGUGAUUGUUCCCUCCAUAUUCUCAUGGCGGAGACUAAAAUUAUUUACCAUAUAGACGAGGAGGAAACUCCUUAUUUGGUGAAACUGUCAGUUGCUCCAGACAAGGUAACUUUGGCAGAUUUUAAGAAUGUCCUCAAUAAUCGUCCGGUCAACAGCUACAAAUUCUUCUUCAAAUCUAUGGAUCAAGAUUUCGGGGUGGUUAAGGAGGAAAUCUCAGAUGACAAUGCCAAAUUGCCUUGCUUCAACGGCAGAGUGGUGUCAUGGCUUGUACUGGCAGAGAGUUCACACUCUGAUGGGAUGUCAGUGUGUACAGACCGUCAUGCUGAACUUCCUCCACCCUUAGAGAGAACGGGUGGCAUCGGAGACUCAAGGCCACCCUCAUUCCAUGCCAAUGCAGUAAGCAGUAGAGAUGGCCUGGACACCGAGACAAGCGAGUCGCUUCUCAGCCACCGUAGAGAGAAGGAGCGAGAGAGAGCCCGGCGGAGAAGAGAAGAACUUCCGCAUGUGAAUGGUCACUCCAAAGCCGAGCGAGUCAUGAGGGACACAGCUAUGGUCUGCGACAGUGCCUCCAUGAUGAGCAGUGAGCUGGAGUCCAGCUCCUUCAUUGACAGUGAGGAAGAUGAGGACACCAGUAGACUGAGCAGUUCUACAGAGCAGAGCUCCUCUUCUCAUUUAAUGAGGAGGCACAAGCGCAGACGCAGGCGACAUAAAGUGCCCAAGAUUGACCGGUCGUCUUCAUUCAGCAGUAUCACAGAUUCAACCAUGAGCCUCAAUAUAAUCACAGUUACACUCAAUAUGGAGAAGUAUAACUUCCUAGGCAUUAGUAUCGUAGGGCAGAGCAAUGACCGCGGAGACGGUGGGAUCUACAUUGGCUCCAUCAUGAAAGGAGGAGCAGUAGCAGCUGAUGGGAGGAUAGAGCCAGGGGACAUGCUCCUGCAGGUGAAUGAUGUGAACUUUGAGAAUAUGAGCAAUGACGAUGCUGUCAGGAUCCUCAGGGAGAUUGUCUCUAAGACUGGCCCAAUUAGUCUCACUGUUGCCAAGUGCUGGGAUCCAUCCCCUCGCAGCUACUUCACCAUACCCAGAGCUGAACCUGUACGUCCAAUUGAUCCGGCAGCUUGGAUAUCUCACACUACAGCUCUGACAGGAACAUACCCACAGUAUGAGUUUGACGAUCUUCCACUAACGGUCGGGAAGACAGACAUGGCCACCAUCGUGAAGGUGAUGCAGCUCCCAGACUCGGGCUUAGAAAUCAGGGACAGGAUGUGGCUAAAGAUUACCAUUGCAAAUGCUGUUAUAGGUGCUGAUGUGGUGGAUUGGCUGUACUCGCGGGUUGAAGGCUUCAAGGACCGACGGGAUGCCAGAAAAUACGCCAGCAGUAUGCUGAAGCAUGGCUACCUGAGACACACUGUCAACAAAAUCACAUUUUCUGAGCAGUGUUACUACACAUUUGGAGACCUUUGCCAAAACAUGGCUUCGCUGAACUUGAACGAGGGUUCGAGUGGUGGUGGUUCAGAACAGGACACCCUGGCCCCUCUCCCUCCAUCCUCCAACCCCUGGCCCAUGGGCGGCCAGCCUUUCCCUUACCCACCUUUCUCUUCAGCACCUCCUGGCUUCCCUCCGGGCUACUCUGACCCCUGUCACAGCUUCCACAGCGGCAGUGCCGGCAGCCAGCACAGUGAGGGCAGCCGCAGCAGCAGUUCCAACCCCAGUGCCGGGAGGAGCCAGCGACCCAUGCCUCGGGAAAAAGAUCGCAAGUCGACAGGCAGUGGCGGCAGCGAAUCUGAAACAGGCACACGAGGAGGGGGUAGACGGGGCGAGCGCUCGGCCAGUCAGCUAAGCCACCGUAGCCAUGCCCACUCCGGACACAGCAACACCCACUCUCACCGAAGCCGUGUGCCCUCCCACCACAGCCGUGCCUCCUUCUCCUAUAGCCACGCAUCCUUUUCCAAGCAAGGGCGCACCUCCUGUGCACACAGUGAACGGAGCCACGCCUCCUCUUAUGGACCCCCGGGUUUGCCUCCUCCCUACAGUUUAGCCAGACUUGCACCUAAAGGGGCCAUUAACAGCGGGCCCCCAGGGGCCCCGCCAGUCCGUGAGCUAUCUUCUGUUCCCCCGGAGCUCACAGCUAGCCGACAGUCAUUUCAGCAUGCCAUGGGCAAUCCCUGCGAGUUUUUUGUGGACAUAAUGUGACCAUGGGCCAGUGCCAAAUUACAAACAAGAAAAGCAGUGCAUGGUCCAAUCAUCCUCACUCUGUUCUGCCUCCGUGUUUUUUUGGUCUGUUCCAUUAGUCUUGCUUUACGCCCACAGCAGCAAAUGUGGUUCUACUGUGAUUCAUUUAUUAUUGGGGAUUUGAUUUGAGGUUUAUAUGGGCCAUUUUAAGGAUAAUUGCACAUAAUGAGUUGAGGGCAAAUUUAAACCAAAGUCAGAGGUCAGUAGAAAUCAGUUAUUUUGUUAAGGCUUGUCAAGGCGAAAUCCAGUGAGAAUGCUCCAAGAAAAAAAUGUAUUCCUUACCACUAGAUAAUAUUCUUUAGAUAUCAGAAACAGUUCAUCAGUACCUGAAAAGCAGUUUAUAUCUGCUUUCAUUACCACCAGGAAUGUCCUCCAUUGUUGCAAGCUGCAUUCAGGCUAACAGACUUGAAGACAAUCAGGCAUCACCCUCUGCUGGUCAGAAGCUGUCACCACAUAUUUCAAAACUCGAGGGGGCAUAAAACGGUAUUUGCUGAGCACUGAAAUUAAGAAUGCUUACUCAUGCUUUCUUGCAUUAGCUGCUUUUGUUUUGCACCAAGUAUUUUUUUUAUAAUUUAACACUCAGAAGUAUUCAUGAUGCUUAAAAAUGAUAGUUGUCUGUGCAAAACUAUAAAUGGUGAAAAGUCUGUGAAAUUUAGAUUUCUGAUUAAUUGGUUUCCUCUAAUCACAGACCUCAUUGAUGUGUUAUAUCCACUGAGGCCAUCUCAAACAUUCUGUCCCUUUGGAAUUACAGGGUAGACUCAAGAACCAGCACUUAAUACAUAUAUAUUUUAAAAGUAUGUUGCUUUUCUUACAUAAGCUAUACGACACUGCUAACAGCACUGCAUACUCUCUUGCCCUUUUGUGCUAAGAAUUAUGUCAGUUCCUAUGGGGCUGGUUACCUGGUUAUAAUAAUGUCAACAAAUGGAGGAACAAUCUAUGAUGGCAAAUAAAAUGUUUGUUUUUGUCAGUGUCAAACAGAGCAGAAUUAGUGGCUAAAUGUGUGGAAGUUCUGUUCAAGUUAAGACUGAGACGUCUUUUUAUGGGUACUUUACUGUGUGCGUUUGUACCAUAUCCAGCCUCUUCAUGAAGUCAACAGCAUCUGCUCAUGAUUUAAAGCAGCAUUCUGUCAAAGUGGCACUUUUAUAAUAGCACCCUUUUUUAGUGUAAAACACUGUACAUCUUCAGGUUUGUCUUAUUUUUGUCCUGUGGAAAGACUGGGGAAAAUGUGUUGUACAUAAUUCAUUUUUACUGUAUAUAUGAGAAAUAGAAAAUUGUAUAAAAAGAUAUGUACAAAGGUUUGGGUCAUACUUUUUUGUAAAUUGAUGUAAAAUGCUAAUUUGAUUUAAUGUGAGUGUGAAUACAAAUUUCAAUUUCAUUUGAAAGCA